GAAGAAGGUAAGGAGCCGAGCUGGCUUUAAAAACAGAGACAAUAAAUUCAGCUUUUUUUUUAUUUUACACGAUAAAAACGGGGUCGGAAAGGUGGUAAAGGAGUAACUAAGCUUUCUUGGCGCAGACAUGGCUGAUAACAGCGACGACGAGUACGAUCGCCGGAGAAGAGACAAAUUCCGCCGCGAGAGAAGCGACUACGAUCGCUCGAGGGAGCGAGAUGACCGGCGCCGGGAUGACUGGAACGACAGGGAGUGGGAUCGAGGCCGCGAGAGGCGGAGCAGAGCGGAGUACCGCGAUUACGACCGGGGACGGAGAGAGAGAUUCUCCCCGCCGCGGCACGACCUGAGCCCGCCGCAGAAACGCAUGAGGAGGGACUGGGAUGACCACAGUGGAGACCCGUACCACGGCGGCUACGACAUGCCCUAUGGGGGUGGGGGGCCCCCCAGUUAUGGCCCCCCUCAGCCUUGGGGACACCCCGACAUGCACUUGAUGCAGCCUCACCACGGCAUCCCCAUCCAAGCCAGGCUGGGUAACCUCCACGAUCUGGACAUGGGCCCCCCUCCGCCCGUGAUGAAGACCUUCAAGGAGUUCCUGCUCUCGCUGGACGACUCCGUGGACGAGACGGAGGCCGUGAAGCGGUACAACGAGUACAAGAUCGACUUCCGCCGGCAGCAGAUGCAGGACUUCUUCCUGGCGCACAAGGACGAGGAAUGGUUCCGGUCCAGGUACCACCCGGACGAGGCUGGCCAGCGCAAGUCUGAGGCCCGUAGCGCCUUGCAGAACCGGCUGGGGGUCUUCCUCUUCCUCCUGGAGAACGGCUGGUUCGAUAAGAUCUCCCUGGACAUGGAGAAGGCGCCCGAGAUCCUCAAGGUCCUCGAUGCAGCGGUCAUCAAAAUGGAGGGCGGGACAGAACACGACCUGCGCAUCCUGGAGCAGACCACAGAGGAGGAAGAGAAUAAGCACGAGAAAGGGGCGCCGGGCGGAGGGGAGCCCCCCAAGAAAGAGGAGCCGAGAGGCGGGGACAGCGACCGCAAGCUCGCCGACAAGGAGGACAAAAAAGAGGACAAGGGGGAGAGCGGGGGUGAAAGUGUGGAUGAGAAAAUCAAAAAGCCCUCCGAGGAUGAGGGAGAGAAGUCGGCCGCGAAGGAAGAGCCAGAGAGCAAGAAGGUGAGCAAGAAACGUAAGAGGAAGCACAGCGGGGAUGACAGUUAUGAUGAAGACGAAGGCAGCGUGUCCGACUCGGAGUCUGAAUCUGAGAGCGAGAAACCAGCAGAGGAGGAGGAGGAGGAGAAAGAGGAGGAGGAAGAGGAGACUGUGGAGCCCAAGGAGAAGGAAGAGGAGGAUAAACCGAAGGAGGAGAGGAAGGGGAAGGAGGAGAAGAGGGAGAGGAAGGGGAAGGAGGAGAGGAAGGGGAAGGAGGUGGAGCUCACCCCCCGCCCGCUCCACAAGACCUGCUCCCUGUUCAUGAGGGGCCUCGCUCCCAACAUCUCCAAGGCAGAGAUCGUGGCGCUGUGCCGAAGAUAUCCAGGGUUCAUGAGAGUUGCACUUUCAGAUCCACAGCAAGACCGGAGGUUUUUCCGAAGGGGGUGGGUUACGUUCGACCGCAGCGUCAACAUCAAAGAGAUCUGCUGGAGCUUGCAGAAUAUCCGGCUGCGAGACUGCGAGCUGAGCCCCGUGGUGAACAAGGAUCUGGUGCGCAGAGUCCGCUACGUGAGCGGCAUCACGCAGCACAAGCAGGUCCUGCGCAACGACAUCAAGCUGUCUGCCAAGCUGAUCCACGCCAUGGACGAGCGAGAGCUGCUGUGGCGCUCCAAGGACAAGGGCAAGGGAGACGCCAUCGCGAUGGCAGCUCAGAACCCCAUCCUGAAGAACAUCACAGACUACCUGAUCGAGGAGGUGAGCGCGGAGGAGGAGGAGCUGCUGGGGAGCAGCGGGGACCAGCCCGAGGACGGGGCGAAGGAGGGUAACCCCACUGAGGUCACCAUCGAGAGGGACGACAAGCUGGUCAAGGUGCUGGACCGGCUGCUGCUGUACCUGCGUAUCGUUCACUCCAUCGAUUACUACAACAGCUGCGAGUAUCAGUGUGAGGACGAGAUGCCCAACCGCUGCGGCCUGCUGCACGUCCGGGGCCCCGUCCCCCCCAACCGCAUCACACACGGGGAGGUGGUGGACUGGCAGAAGACCUUUGAGGAGAAGCUGAACCCGCUGUUCAGUGUGAAGGAGAGCAUCUCCGAGGAGGAGGCCAAGAAGAUGGGCAAGAAGGACCCCGGGCAAGAGGUGGAGAAGUUUGUCUCUGCAAACACACAGGAGCUGGGCAAGGACAAGUGGCUGUGCCCACUGAGUGGCAAGAAGUUUAAGGGUCCGGAGUUUGUUCGCAAACACAUUUUCAACAAGCACGGGGACAAGAUCGAAGAGGUCAGGAAGGAGGUGAUUUUCUUCAACAAUUUCCUGAUGGACGCCAAGCGACCGUCUCUGCCUGAAAUCAAACCGCCCCCUCCCCCAGCGCCAGGUGUACUGAAUCAAGGAGUGCCCUACCCUCAUCAGUCCCCGCAGAGUCUGAUGGGAUUCGGACAGCCUCGCCCUCCAGUCAUGGGCUACGGAGGUGGGCCCCCGUACCCUCCGAACCAGUACGGUGGAGGGAGAGGCAAUUACGACUCGUUCAGGGGGCAGGGCGGUUACCCGGGGAAACCACGGAACAGGAUGAUCAGAGGGGACCCUCGAGCCAUCAUAGAGUACAGAGAUCUGGAUGCUCCAGAAGACGUCGACUUCUUUUAAACUGUCCGUUUAAAAAAUAGAGAGGAUUUUUUAUUUUAAUGAUGCCCUGGCGCUUUUUUUUUUUAACCCUAUACUAACGUUUCUCAGAUGUUUUUGUCCCUGUAUAUUUCACUCUGCACUAAUGCUAAAAUGUACGCCAGCAAUUUUCCAAUAAAAACUAAACAAAGAAACUA